GAGGUGAAAGUGAUCUUUUUACCGGCCGCACGUUUGCUGCUGAGUUCGAAUUUGAGGACUUUCCUACAGACGGUUAUUGAUCAUGUCUGUGACCUCGCCGCCGAUUCUGUCUGUUGUGCCGUCGCUCGCGCUCGUGGAUGAGGCGUUCGAUGUGAAGGUGAAGAAUUUGCCAGCGGGACUCCCGGUCACGCUUCACUCGCUCCACCGGUCCGAAAGCAAAAACGACUGGGAGGCUUAUGGUCACUAUGUCAGCGACCAGACGGGAGCCGUGUCCGUUCCAGAUGAUAGGAGUUUUGGGGGAACGUACACGGGAAAAGAACCCAUGGGCUUAUUGUGGAGCAUGCGCCCUGUUCCAGGCAGCAGAGAAGGUCUCAGGUUGAAGGUGACGAACGUCUGCAGCCCCAUGCUGAUCAUCAUCUCGGUCUACAGAGGACAUGUUGUCGAGGGUUUCAGGGAUUGGAAUCCUCUGGUUUCAGUGGUCACAGAGAGAUGGUACAUGGCACCAGGGGUCCAGAGGAUUGAGGUCAAAGAGAAUGGCCUGCUGGGAACCUUAUUUAUACCUCCAGGUCCAGGUCCUUUCCCUGGUUUGCUGGAUUUGUCGGGUGGUGGCGGAGUGCUGGUGGAGUAUCGUGCCGCCCUGCUGGCAUCACAUGGUUUUGUCACUCUGGCACUGGACUAUUUUACCUCCAGCGUACUGACAAAACUACCAGACGUAGAGUUCAGCUAUUUAGAGUCAGCGUUUAAUUUGAUUCAGCUCCAUCCUCAAGUCAUCCCUGACAGAGUUGGUGUUUUUGGUUUUUGUCUUGGCGCCCAGAUGACCCUGAAUCUGGCAGCCAUGAGCGCCAUCGCAAACCCUCGCUGUUGUGUUUGCGUCAGCGGGUGUCAUCUUAACUGUUACGGGAAGAGUCACACCACCAUGUACGAGUGUAUGUUCAUUCAUUCUGACAAGAAACGUGAGAACGAGCAGAAUCAACACAUAUUACGAGACACCGGUCUGCUGUUGCUCGCUGAUCCUGAGAACAAAGUGGACGUGGGAAGGAUAAAGUGUCCAGUGAUGCUGAUAAACGGUGACGAUGAUCAGAAUUGGCCCGCAGUGGAGUAUUCUGAGGACAUGGCUCAGCUGAUGCGUGCAGCAGGAAACGACCACCUGCUGACUGUUUUGAAUUACCCGGAUACUGGACAUCUGAUUGGGCCGCCGUAUUCGCCUCACUUCAGAGCGACUAAUUUUAGAUCGGACCAGGAGAAAUCAAUUGUGCUUUGGGGAGGACGAACCAGACCUCACUCGGAUGCUCAGGAAGACAGCUGGAGAAAGAUUCUGGCUUUUCUGGAGGAGCUUCUGUAUGAUGGUCCGAGUGUCAAAGCCAGACUGUGACGGAUCAGAAACACAGGAAACUCAACAACAAAGAAGAAGAAGGUCAUUUAUUUACUGAGCACUUUCUGACAGAAAACUACCACCAGACUGCUUUACCUUGUCGUCUUCUUCGUCUUUGUUUCAUCAAAUGUCAAAGUCUCUGAAGUCGACCUGAAGCUUAAGUAUAAAAAAACAUUACAUUUUCCAGGGCAAUUUCAGAGUCACAUUAAAAUGAUUUUAUUGUUCAUCUUUCUUCAACAGUCUAUAGCUGUGUUGUAAGACAGGUGAAGUAAUAGGGAUCAAACCACAUUUGUGUGUCUCGAGCAGACACUGAAUUUGUAAAUGUCCAUUUUACACGAUUUCCACAGAAACAUUAACACAAAGUGGAUUUUUCUAAAAUCUUGUUGUGGCAGAAACAUGAGAUGAGAAUGUACUGUGUUCAAAGUUAAAUCUGACAGGAGCCUCGAAAUGUUUUGUUUGUAUAAAGUUAAAAGAUAUUUAAUGGCUGGAUGAUAAAGUUAAACGUUUCCUGAUUUAUGUGCAUUUGGAAAAAAAUAUAAAAAUUUUAAUUGAUGAAAGGUGAAAAGAACAGGGUGAGAAGCAGCGACUAUCUAGGAGGGAUAGUCACUGCUGCUUCACAUUGACAGGAGCCAACUGAGGUGGUUCAGGCUUCUGGAGAGGAUCCUGUCCCCCCGUCAUCUUCCAGGCACGUCCAGCUGGAGGUCCCAUGGUAGACCCAGGACACAGCCAGCUUGGAAACGCCUCAGGAUCUCUGAGGAAGAGUUAGAGGCCUUGGCUGAAGAUGGGGAAGUGAGGGAUGAGCUGCUUAGUCUGCAGCUAUUGUGACCCGGACUCCAAUAAGUGACUGAAAAUAGAACAUUUGUUUGUUUGAGAUUGUGGAUGGUCUUGUUGCACUAAAUGAUACUCAGCUUUUAAUACUUUAAAAUCCAUAAAGUAGAUUUUUAGUCACUACAUAUAAACACACACAUUUACAGGACCAGUCAAACGUUUGGACACACUUUGUCCUUCAGCUUAAAAACUCAAUACACACUCUUAUUGGCCUGGAAAAAGACAAACUUGUAUUUCUUUGGCUUCGUGUAAUUUUACUGCAUCAAACUCACCAGCAGGUGGCAGCAGCAGAUACUAGAAAAAUCCAA